AUGAAAUUAAAAAUUUUUCUUUCAAUUUUUAAAAUAAUUACCUUAAAACAUGUCGUCAAUAUAAUUGGAAAUAUAACAGUGUCUACUAAUUUUAUUUAUUUUCAAAAUCGGUUAUCAAGUAAUAAAUAUUUAUUUUCAAAUGACAAUAAUUACAAUGAUCAAUUUUUACUCAAUUAUAAAUAUGUAUCAUCAACAAAAAAAAAUGACCAAUCCUUCUUACAGCUAAAUAUGAAAUAUAAUACUCAAGAAAAUAAUGAAGAUGAUGAUGAUAAUGAUGAUACAAAUGAUAAUGAUGAUGACGAAAAUGAUGAAAAUAGUUCCAUCUCCAAUUCAAACGAUAACAAUGAUGAUGAUGAAGAGGAAACUCAGCCUACCACCAAAUUUAAUGUUCGAAAUAGUAUUUUUAAAAAUGCAUUGAAAACCCAUGGAAACACUAUUCCUACUAAUACAAAUAAACUUGUAAAUGAUGACCAUAAUAAGCGCCAAAAAAAGCAUCAUCACAAAAAAAAAAACCAUCAAGGCGUUAUUUCGAAUGAUGUCGUCCCAUCAAAUGUCGUUGCAUCUAAUAUAGCUCAACCAACUGCCGUUGCGUCUAAUAUAGUCCAACCAGCUGGUGUUGCAUCUAAUAUAGUUCAACCAACUGGUGUUGCAUCUAAUAUAGUUCAGCCAACCGCUGCUGCACCUAAUACAGUUCAGCCACCCGGUGUUGCAUCUAAUAUGGUUCAACCAACUGGUGCUACAGAAGCUGGAAAUUUGAUAAAUCAAAAUGUGGUUAACCCUAAUGCUUUAAAUUUAAAUAAUAAUGUCAACAAUAACAAUAUUGGGGCAAAUGCUAAUAAUGCAAUAGCAGCUGUUUUAUCUACGGCUAUUACCCCAAAUAAUAAUAACGAUGUAAAUAGUUCAAAUCAAGGGUCACCAAAUCAGAGUGUAAAUAAUUCAAAUACUGUUGUUCCAGUUCCUGAAGAACAAAAUAAAAAUGAUAUAUUUUUAAAAAUAAUGAAUAAUAAUAAUAACUUCAAUACAACUGAAAUGAUAUGUAAUUCAAUUAAUUGCACACCGUUAACUAAUGAUAAUAAAGAAAAAAACCCACUAACUGAAUGCACAAAUAUAACAUAUUGUGGAAGUUGCCCUAUAUCUAAUAGCCCUAAAGAUCAAUGGAACCUUAUGAAAAAUUUACAAGAAGAUAAUAUAAUAAUUUCAUCUGGUUUUGUCGAUAUGACUGAUCUUAUUGGGAAAAAUAAUUUAAUAAAUAUUCCAUUUCGUUGGGAUAAGGUAUCAUUUGAUUUCUCCAAAUGUGUACCUGAUUUAUAUAAAUUGAGGUUGGCAUUUACGGAAUUACAAAAUAAAGACGUAACUGGACUAUAUAAACAGUUAUAUCGAUUUGCAAAUUUCUAUUUGUAUGCUACGAAAAUUGUACAAGAUAAUAACAUGGGAGCACUAAAUAUAUCCAUUAAUAUAAAUAAUAGUAAUAUAAAUGUAUUAAAAACAAAUGAACAAUUACAGAAAGAAAACAAUCCAGUAUCGACAUGCCCGUUAAAUGUGAAUAAAAUGACAGUGUCCAAUGUUUAUCCAACCCAAACCUUAGUGUUUUAUCAGCGUUUGUUUGUCCCCAAUGACAGUCAGAUAAUAAAUAGUAAUGCUUUCAAUAUAGAAAUAACAAAUGAUCAAGGUUAUAAUGUACAAAAUUAUUAUUUUUAUGCAAAAAUUACUUGCCCUAAAACAGAUAUUAACAUAGAAAAUGAAAUAAGUUCUAUGAUUUCCAAUAAAAGUGGAGAAUUACAAAGUAACACAAAUAAUCAAACAAAUACACAACAAAAUUCUAAUUUAAAAAAUAGUGCUCUCGCAGGAACACAAUUAUUAAGCAUCAACGAUAAAAAUAAUAAUAAUAACAACAAUAUAAAUUUUAUGAAAUCUGGAAACUCCAAUAACAAUAAUAAAUUGAGUUAUCUCAUAUUUUUCCUUUCAGUAGUUACAUAUUUUGUGUUUACAACAUCAUGUUAA